AAAGAAAACUCAAAAUAACACGAAGCGACUGGAUCAAAUACACACAAUGUCUAUAUCUAAGACCAUAGUGUUUGGUCUCUUUGUCGCAACACUCCUCGUGUCUUGCAACGCGGCUGCAAACGCCACAACGCAGCCGCUUUUCCCGGCGAUUCUAAUAUUCGGCGACUCAACCGCAGAUACGGGCAACAACAACUACUACCCACAAGCCGUUUUCAAGGCUAAACAUCUUCCUUACGGUGUUGAUCUUCCCGGCCACGAAGCUAACGGAAGAUUCUCAAACGGGAAGCUAAUCUCUGACGUAAUCUCCACUAAACUCAAGAUCAAAGAGUUCGUUCCUCCGUUUCUACAACCGAAUAUCUCUGACCAAGACAUUGUCACUGGGGUCUGUUUUGCAUCAGCUGGUGCAGGCUACGAUGACCGGACCUCGCUCUCGAGUUAUGCGAUCCCGGUCUCACAACAACCAAGCAUGUUUAAGAAUUACAUUUCACGUCUCAAAGGUAUCGUAGGAGACAAGAAAGCAAUGGAGAUCAUUAACAACGCUUUAGUGGUCAUAAGCGCAGGGCCUAACGAUUUCAUCUUGAACUUUUAUGAUAUUCCCACGAGGCGUCUCGAGUAUCCUACUAUCUAUGGUUACCAAGACUUUGUCCUCAAGAGGCUUGACGGUUUUGUCCGGGAGCUUUACAGUUUAGGUUGCCGUAAUAUUAUGGUGGGAGGGUUGCCGCCGAUGGGAUGUUUACCGAUCCAAAUGACCAUGAAAAUGAGAAACAUUUUGAGAUACUGUGUGGAACAAGAGAACAAAGACUCCGUUUUGUACAAUCAGAAACUAGCAAAGAAACUGCCUGAGAUCCAAGCGUCUCUACCAGGGAGCAAGUUCCUUUACGCCAACGUCUACGACCCUGUUAUGGACAUGAUCAAAAACCCUAGCAAAUACGGGUUCAAGGAGACGAAGAAAGGAUGUUGUGGAACAGGAUAUAUGGAAUCGAGCUUCAUGUGCAAUUCCUUUUCAAAUACUUGUUCAAAUCAUUCGGAUCACUUGUUUUGGGACUCAAUUCAUCCCACCGAAACGGCUUACAAAUACCUAGGGAACUUCAUAGAUGCUCAGAUUCAAAAGUGGCGUAGGGCUUAAAUCACUACAAUUUACAAAAUUUAUUAACUAAACAAUGUAUUUUAGUUAAUUUGCCUUACCACGACACAAAUUCAUGGCCUUAUAGAUCAAUUGGGUGCUUUUAUAAUAAACUAAUUCUUAGUUUAUCUAUGUUACCUAAAUAUAUGGACGAGAUACUUAGCCAUAAAACAAUAAUUUUACCGUGAGUUAAGAAAAUAACAAUUUUAUGAUUUGCUUUUCUUUCUUUCAUUUUAACAUGUUAUUUUUUUUAAUGUGGACGUCCUGAAAACUUAUUUAAUUCUUAAUAGCUAAUUAAUCAGCUUCUU